AUGAUGGAGUGGGAAAAGCAGCCGCCUCGGACAACGGAAGAGGCGAGCGUCGGCGGCGGCGGCGGCGGCGGCGGGGGGAGCGGGGUGUUUGUGAAGGUUAUGACCGACGAGCAAAUGGAGGUUCUCCGGAAGCAGAUAGCGAUUUACGCCACCAUUUGCGAGAAGCUCGUCGAGCUGCACAAAUCCCUCACCUCCCAGAACGAUCUUACCGGAGUGAGGCUCGGGAACCUAUACUGCGACCCGUUGAUAGCCAGCGGGGCCCACAAGAUCAGUGGGCGGCAGCGGUGGACCCCAACUCCAUUGCAGCUCCAGAUUCUGGAGCGGAUGUUCGACCAGGGGAUCGGGACCCCGAGCAAGCAGAAGAUUAAAGAGAUCACGGCCGAGCUGUCCCAGCAUGGCCAGAUAUCCGAAACCAAUGUCUACAACUGGUUCCAGAACAGGCGGGCCCGCUCCAAACGAAAGCAGCAGGUCGCCCCAUCCACCAACGCAAACGACUCCGAGGUUGAGACUGAGGUCGAGUCCCCUAACGACAAGAAAACCAGGCUGCCACCCGAGGACGAGUUCCAGCCCCAGCAGCAGCACUUACUGGCCGCAAGGCCCGAUCAGGAGCUCUGCUUCCAAAGCCCACGGGCCCAGCCCGUGGACAUGCAUGCGGGUAAGCAUGACCCUCCUCCCCUGCCUCAGGAGGGCAGCUCCAAGUUCGGGGGGGCCAUGAGCCAGAUGCCGUUCUAUGGGGGUAUGCUGUCUAAUACGAGAAUGGACCAGUUCAUGGGAAAGAUGGAAGUGCCAGGGAGCUAUAAUCCUUAUUUGCAGCAAGAUGGGUACAACAUGGGGGGAUGA